GAGGGGGCGAGGGCGGGCUCCGAGGAAGGAGGACGAAGGAGAAGAUGGCGGCCGGCUCGCCUCAGGCCUGGUCUGUGUUCGUGAGGCGGGAAGGAAGGCGGCGGAGGGAAGAGGACGGAGAGGCCGAGAGAGAGAGAGAGAGAGAGAGAGAGAGGACAAGAGAGUUCUCUGGAGCCACCCCUGCCGUGAUGGGAAACGAACCAGCUUCUAGUCGAUAUUAAGGCAUUUGGAAACCAAAGUGUAGUAAGGAAACCAGUCCUCUAGGAAAAAGGAUUCCUCUCAAGGGGCUGAUCCUGCUGAAUUCCUACAUUCACUUUGGAUUCUAGAGUAGAACCAUAGAGUCGGAAGAGACUGCAUGAGGCACCCAGUCCAGGCCUCUGCCGUGCAGGAAAAGCCAAAGUACCCCUGACAGAUGAGCAUCUAGCCUCUGUUUAAAGGAUUCCAAAGGAGCCUCCACUGCAUUUUGAGGCAGAGAGUUCCACUGCUGAACAGCUCUAACAGUCAGGAAGUUCUUAAUGUUCAGAUGGAAUCUACUUUCCUGUAAUUUGAACCCAGUGCUGUGAGUAAUCAGAAAGGGAAAAACAAGAAUCAAGUGUCCUUAUUGAAAUUAAAUGUACAUAACAUUGUUGACAUGGAGGAGAAAGCAUAUAAAUGUAUUGAAUGUGGAAAGAGCUUUAGUCAGCGUGGAAAGCUGAAGAGACAUCAAAGGACUCACACUGGAGAGAAACCCUAUAAAUGCCUGGAGUGUGGACAGAGCUUCACUCAUACUUCAGGCCUACGUUCACAUCAAAGGACCCACACUGGAGAGAAACCCUAUAAAUGCCUGGAGUGUGGACAGAGCUUUGCUCAUAGUUCAGGCCUACGUAGACAUCAAAGGACUCACACUGGGGAGAAAACCUAUAAAUGCCUGGAGUGUGGACAGAGCUUUGCUCAUAGUUCAGGCCUACGUAGACAUCAAAGGACUCACACUGGGGAGAAAACCUAUAAAUGCCUGGAGUGUGGACAGAGCUUCACUGAGAAGGGAAGCUUGCAUAAACAUCAAAGGAUUCACACUGGGGAGAAACCCUAUAACUGCCUGGAGUGUGGACAGAGCUUCACUGAGAAGGGAAGCUUGCAUAAACAUCAAAGGAUUCACACUGGGGAGAAACCCUAUAACUGCCUGGAGUGUGGACAGAGCUUCACUCAGAAGGGAAGCUUGCAUAAACAUCAAAGGAUUCACACUGGGGAGAAACCCUAUAAAUGCCUGGAGUGUGGACAGAGCUUUGCUCGUAGUUCAGGACUACGUUCACAUCAAAGGACCCACACUGGGGAGAAACCCUAUAACUGCCUGGAGUGUGGACAGAGCUUCACUGAGAAGGGAAGCUUGCAUAAACAUCAAAGGAUUCACACUGGGGAGAAACCCUAUAACUGCCUGGAGUGUGGACAGAGCUUCACUGAGAAGGGAUGCUUGCAUAAACAUCAAAGGAUUCACACUGGGGAGAAACCCUAUAACUGCCUGGAGUGUGGACAGAGCUUUGCUCGUAGUUCAGGACUACGUUCACAUCAAAGGACCCACACUGGGGAGAAACCCUAUAACUGCCUGGAGUGUGGACAGAGCUUCACUGAGAAGGGAAGCUUGCAUAAACAUCAAAGGAUUCACACUGGGGAGAAACCCUAUAAAUGCCUGGAGUGUGGACAGAGCUUUGCUCGUAGUUCAGGACUACGUUCACAUCAAAGGACCCACACUGGGGAGAAACCCUAUAACUGCCUGGAGUGUGGACAGAGCUUUGCUCAUAGUUCAGGCCUACGUAGACAUCAAAGGACUCACACUGGGGAGAAAACCUAUAACUGCCUGGAGUGUGGACAGAGCUUCACUGAGAAGGGAAGCUUGCAUAAACAUCAAAGGAUUCACACUGGGGAGAAACCCUAUAACUGCCUGGAGUGUGGACAGAGCUUUACUCAGAGUUCAGGACUACGUUCACAUCAAAGGACCCACACUGGAGAGAAACCCUAUAACUGCCUGGAGUGUGGACAGAGCUUCACUCAGAGUUCAGGACUACGUUCACAUCAAAGGACCCACACUGGAGAGAAACCCUAUAAAUGCCUGGAGUGUGGACAGAGCUUUGCUCGUAGUUCAGGUCUACGUUCACAUCAAAAGACUCACACUGGAGAGAAACCCUAUAACUGCCUGGAGUGUGGACAGAGCUUCACUCAGAGUUCAGGACUACGUUCACAUCAAAGGACCCACACUGGAGAGAAACCCUAUAAUUGCCUGGAGUGUGGACAGAGCUUUACUCGAAGUUCAGGUCUACGUUCACAUCAAAGGACCCACACUGGAGAGAAACCCUAUAACUGCCUGGAGUGUGGACAGAGCUUCACUCAGAGUUCAGGACUACGUUCACAUCAAAGGACCCACACUGGAGAGAAACCCUAUAAAUGCCUGGAGUGUGGACAGAGCUUUGCUCGUAGUUCAGGUCUACGUUCACAUCAAAAGACUCACACUGGAGAGAAACCCUAUAACUGCCUGGAGUGUGGACAGAGCUUCACUCAGAGUUCAGGACUACGUUCACAUCAAAGGACCCACACUGGAGAGAAACCCUAUAACUGCCUGGAGUGUGGACAGAGCUUUGUUCGUAGUUCAGGUCUACGUUCACAUCAAAGGACUCACACUGGAGAGAAAUCCUAUAACUGCCUGGAGUGUGGACAGAGCUUUACUCGAAGUUCAGGACUACGUUCCCAUCAAAGGACUCACGCUGGGCAGAAACCAUAGAAAUGCAUGGAGUAUGGACAGAGCUUUUCAUGGAAUAGACAUCAAUUUGAGUUUAGCAUAUUCUAAUAAUUGUAUAUUUAUUUCCUUUCUUAGUUUAAUAAAAUUAUUAGUAUCUAAA